GCAAAGUCUCCUUGACCUAGACUUUGAUGGAUGCUGACCCUAUAGGCAUACUGGGAUCAGAUGGGAUGAGGUUGGGAGAGACCACAGGGUCUUCCCAAGAUCCAGCCCUUGCUCUCCACUCGGCAUCUUUUAUAGCCCUGGGGGAUGGACCCUAGACCCAUAUCCAUCUGAGAAGAGAGAUCUGGUGGAGAUCUAGAUGUGAGUGAGGCCAGUGGCCUGGGAGGGACCACCCCAGGAGGGUGUCCGUGUGCCAAGGAGAAAAGCCAGGGCCAGAUCUUGAGGAGCCACAUCCUGGGAAGGCCUCUUACAGGAAGCAGGGCCUGUAAGAGACAGAGAGGCAGGACAGCAGCAGGAGGAAGCCAAAGUCACAAGGGGUGAAACUUUGAAGAUGCCAGCAACAUUUCAGUUGAGACGAAGACCACAGGGAACUCCUAGUUUUAGCUAUAUGGUGUGCCAUGGUGAUUUUGGCAAGAAGAAUUUUGGGGAGCAGUGGCAGCAGACAUUAGCUGGCAAAUAUCAAGGCAGUGGAAACUGUGAAAGCAGAUGGCUUCAAGAGUUUGACUGGAGGGAAAAGGAGACUGGAGGGACUUGGGGUGCUGGGAAGUAUCUAAGGAUAAGAAGCUUUUAAGUGCUUAAUUGCUGGAAAGGAGAGGGAAAGGGGCCUAGGAAAGGGAAUAGUGGAAAAUGUGAGAAGGUCUGCAAGGCAGUGUGAACACUCCGAGGAGGAAGGUACCAGUGCCCUAAGUGAGGAGUAAGUCUGGGGCAGAGUGAAGUGAAAGGAUGGAAACCCUCUAGCCAUGAUCUAUAACUGGCCUUGGCACCACCAUUUCUAUGUAGGCCCUCCAACUCCAACUGCCAGCCCCUAAAAGGGGAUGAAGACUUUCUGGUCACAGUCAAGGCUCUGCCCACACUCUGGGCAGGCCAGAGGUCAGGUGGGCUAGGCCCCCAAUUAAUGCCCCCAAGCAGGUGUCAACCCAGGACUGAUGGAGAUCUGAGGAUGGGACCUCAGCAAUCUUUGCUCUGGGAGAGAACAAUAAUAUGAGGCCCAUGUUCUACACUGGCUCCCAGAGUCCCCAGCAGGAUUUGGUCCCAGCUGCCCACAGUGGUAACCUGCUUGGUGACACCCCCUUGGUUGGUUGCUUCCCCUGUCUCCUUGCCACUCCUCUGCUGAUGCUUCCUGGCUUCAUCUCCCACAUUAACCAGAUGCACUGGCAUCUUUAUCUCCAGGUGUUCUUCUAGGAAAAGUGAGACAGACUUUGUCCAUGAAACAGGGGCAAGAUAGUAGCAAGCACAACCACAGGACCUCUUCUCUUAGGUGACCACUGACUUGUAUGAAUGAGCCGCUGGCUCGCAGACUUAGCCAGUACUCUGAGUGUUCAGAAGAUGGGCCAGGGUCUGGGUGUGAGGUGGGUAGUCCUCUGUCACACCAACUUGCUCUGGCCUGACCCCAGAGUUGGCUAGAGGCAAGCCCAGGACAUGAAGAUGGACAGUCAUCACAAAGUGACUUGAGCCCCCAGAAUAGCCCAGGCUUCAAGCCUUACAGAACGUGAGGCCAGAGUGCCCUGCCUGGCCUUGGACUCUUCAAGCUCAUCCCCUGCUCAGAACUACUCUACCCCCAGGACGCCCCCCACUCAGGCCUAUGGAAGGGCCUGUCAAGUACUGACGCCGGCACUGUCUGCUCCUCCAGCGUCUGCUAGCUUCAAUGUACACCAUAGACCUAUAUUCCGUGCCCUGCUCUGUGCCUGGGGAAGAGCGACCCAGAGGCUGCCCCCACCAGAGAGGCCCAGGCCACGCCCCAAGUAGCCUCCCGGGGCACCGCCACGAAGCCUGUCGUUAGGCUCACCAGAGCUCAGUCUUAGUGGGCGGGCGCUGGUCCCUUAAGCCGCCACGUUCUGCUGGCCGGAACCCCCGCCGAUGCUCCCAGGCUGGGUCCCGCUCACAACGGAGAACGGCCCCCCACCAUAUACGUAUGUGCUGCUCACUGCUGCCUCAUUUCUCCCCCCGCCCGAGUUCGGACCCUCAAUUCUGGGAAGGCCCGGUGUCCACAUGUCCGUUUGUCUGUUCGCCCAUUUGCGUGUGACUAUGGGUCGGCGCGCCCUGCUCCAGCCACGGCAGGUGCAGGGUUAAGGCGGGGGGUGGGGGUGAGGUUUUCCCGAGUCGGGAGGGGGGACGAGGGGCGGACCCCGUGCAGCCCCGCCCAGCGCAAGAGCCGAGCCAGAGCCCCGCGGGAGCCCGGCCUCAGCCCCAGCCAGAGCCCACACCAGCGGAGCCAGAACCGCGGACCCCGCGCCCCAGCAGCGCCGGAGCCCCCGCCGGUGAAAGCAAGGUCCCUGGAUUGGUCAGAUGCCCCCUGUAGCCCUGGUAGAGUCAAGAUGAGGCUUUCAUCAGUGAGGCCUGCAGCCUGAGCAGAUAGCAUGAACUGCUGCUAUUGGAGGUGAACACCAUGGCUACAGGAGGUAGCCGGGCCUUUGCUUGGCAGGUGUUCCCACCCAUGCCCACCUGCCGGGUUUAUGGCACCGUGGCAUAUCAGGAUGGGCACUUGCUAGUGUUGGGGGGCUGUGGCCGGGCUGGAAUGCCCUUGGACACUGCCGAGACACUGGACAUGGCCUCACAUACAUGGCUGGCACUGGCGCCCCUGCCCACUGCCCGGGCUGGCGCUGCUGCCGUGGUGUUGGACAAGCAAGUGUUAGUGGUGGGUGGUGUGGAUGAGGGCCAGAGUCCAGUAGCUGCUGUGGAGGCCUUCCUGCCUGAGGAGGGCCGCUGGGAGCGUCGGGCCACCCUCCCGCAGGCGGCCAUGGGAAUUGCGACUGUGGAGAGAGAUGGAAUGGUGUAUGCUCUUGGGGGAAUGGGCCCAGACACGGCACCCCAGGCCCAGGUUCGGGUAUAUGAGCCCCGCCGGGACUGCUGGCUUUCACUACCCUCCAUGCCUACACCCUGCUAUGGGGCGUCCACCUUCCUGCAUGGGAACAAGAUUUAUGUCCUGGGGGGCCGCCAGGGCAAGCUUCCAGUGACUGCUUUUGAGGCCUUUGAUCUGGAGGCCCGUACCUGGACCCGGCACCCAAGCCUGCCUAGCCGCCGGGCCUUUGCUGGCUGCGCCAUGGCCGAAGGCAGCGUCUUUAGUCUGGGUGGCCUGCAGCAGCCUGGGCCCCACAAUUUCUACUCCCGCCCACACUUUGUCAACACUGUGGAGAUGUUCGACCUGGAGCAUGGGUCCUGGACCAAGCUGCCCCGUGGCCUGCGUAUGAGGGAUAAGAGGGCUGACUUUGUGGUUGGCUCCCUUGGGGGUCACAUCGUGGCCAUUGGGGGCCUUGGAAACCAGCCGUGCCCUCUGGGCUCUGUGGAGGGCUUCAGCCUUGCACGGAGGCGCUGGGAGGCACUGCCUGUCAUGCCCACAGCACGUUGCUCCUGUUCUAGUCUGCAGGCUGGACCUCGUCUGUUUGUGAUUGGGGGUGUGGCCCAGGGUCCCAGCCAAGCUGUGGAGGCUCUGUGUCUGCGUGAUGGAGUCUGAAUGCCUGAUGGGACCUUGUCCAGUGGAGCAGCUCAGUGCCAGACGCAGAUGUCUGUCGCUCCUUGUGCUGCUAAGGAAGCGCACUGUGCUCUGUGGGAGAGGGAGGCACAGGCAUGGGGAUUUGAGACAUUGCCUCGGGGAAUGGUGGGGGGGUGUGUUUCGUCUUUAGCCUAGGACAUACGUCUGCAUACACCACCUUUACACCCACUCAUUCAUGGACCAUGCCUAGCUCCACCCUUGCUCUGGAACCUAUGGGCCCUGUGUCCUAUAGGAAAGUGGGGGGAGGGGAGAGCUGGCCUCAUGCCCUGCAGGGUCAGUGGCUACCUGGAGUUGACCAGGCCCACCCCAAUGACUGUUCCUGAAAAAUCCUAGCUGCCAGCCUGCCUUGAAGACCCCGUGGGCACCAGAGUUCAGAGAGUGCAGGGGACACAGAGGGAAUGGAAGAGUGGAUGCGGGAACCUCCAGAGGGCCAGAGUAAUGUUGGCUUUGGACCCUUUACACUUCUGGCUGUGUCACCUUAGGCCAGUCAUUUCACCUCUCUGUGCCUCAGCAUCCUCAUCUGUAAAUGGGGAUCUCUGAAACCUUCCUGCCCUACCUACCUCACAGGGCUGUUGUGAGGACCCAGGGAGUUUAGAUAUGGAAGUAAAAGUGCUGCUAAA